AUGAGUGUUGGGGUUAAUGUCCUUUCUGCGUACCUUGGUUCUCCUUAUGGGGACUUCUCCACACGUGCUCACACAGUUCCUUGUCGUGUCACUCACUCUUCCUCUCUCUUCCUCCACAGGCAACAACUAGGACACAGAGGCACCGUCAAUUGGACUUGGUUCACUCUCACCUCUUCGCUGACGACAGCUCACGCUCACGGCAGCGACUGGGACACAGAGGCACAAUGGGGUAAGCAGUUCCUAUGUGGCGUCGGGGGCAACCCUCUCUACAAGCUCGAUGGUUACAGAGGGGUGAAACGUCACGCCGUCUCGCCGGGCCGAGCGCUGCCCUCUCCUCGCUACCGUUGGGCGAUCGAACACUGGACAGGGGCGCCCCUUUGUAGAGGCCUCGGGGCGGCGAAAUUCCUACACCUCUUUCUCUGUGUGUUUGGUGAUGAAGUGAAGUCAGUGUCAGUAAUGGAGGGAAACUCUGUUACUCUACACAUUGAUAUUAAACUACAGACAGGUGAUCUGAUCGAGUGGAAGUUUGGAGCUCAAGAGACUCUUAUAGCAAGAAUCAAUGUAGUGUUCAAAGAUAUCUCAAUACAUGUCCUUGAUGAAAGAUUCAGAGACAGAUUGGAGGUGAAUGAUCAGACUGGAGAUCUCACCAUCACAAACAUCACAACUCAACACUCUGGACUUUAUAAAAUUAUUAUCAACAGCGCUAGAGAGAUCUCAUACAGAUUCAAUGUAACUGUCUAUGCUCAUCUGCCUGUUCCUGUCAUCAGCAAAGACUGUACAAAAAACUCAGUGUCAUCAAAUUGUUCAUUAUUGUGUUCAGUGUUGAAUGUGAGAGAUGUGAGUCUGUCCUGGUAUAAAGGAAACAGUUUAUUGUCCAGCAUCAGUGUGUCUGAUCUCAACAUCAGACUCUCUCUAUCUCUGGAGGUUGAAUAUCAGGAUAAAAACACAUACAGCUGUGUGGUGAACAAUCCUAUCAGUAAUCAGACUCAACAUCUUAACAUCACUCAACUGUGUCAGACGUGUUCAAGUACGUCAAUCACUUUGUCUUUAAUGUGUAAAAUCCUUUUUAUUAAAUAUUUGCUAUUUUCCUUUUAGAUGAAACUGGUAAAUAGUGGCCUUGUUGAAAUAUGUGUUGUUUCCCUCAGAUUGUUUUUUCUGUUGUCACGUUUCUGAAGCUGUGAUCUGAUUGGUCGUCUCUGCUCUGGUGGGCGUGGCUACGGUUGCCAUUCUGGUUUAUGACAUCAGAUCAAGCAGAGUUGAACAGAAAAAUUAUCACAGACACCAUCAGACUGUUAGUGACGAAACAUUUUUAUAGAUCUGCUAUUUUGGU